GAUGGUCUCAGCCUCCGCGGUCUGAAUCAUCGCAUCACAAGUUUACCGGUCCUCGUCCUCAGCGGACCAAAAACGUAUCUCUCCUCUCGCCCAAUUCGGCCUCUGUACACCAGUUGCUCGGCCUGCACGCAGUUCCCUCUUCGAUUCCUCGAGCAUCUUCGGGCCGAUUCAAGAUGCGGAACGCCCUGAUACCCGUCCUCGGAGUCCUCGUCCUUUGCCACGUCUUUGAAUUCGUCCAACCGUACUACGUACCUUACGACUCACCGCCGCAAAUCAUUUGGGAAGUUCCAACGGAGGAUGUGAUUGUGAAACGGUUACAGGAGUCGUCGAGUGGCCGAUUUAUGCUUCGCGUGUGGCCGAGUUCUCCUCCGUCUAGGCCUUCGACCAAACGUUACUUGCCCUAUCAUCCGGUGGCACGAUUCCGAGGAGUCAGCCCUCCGGAUACCCGUUCAGGAUUUUCGGUACCGCGAAGGCUUCCUUAUCAAAACAAACAAAGUAUUUCGAGACCUCCUUUGACCGCUGCUGAGCUUUUAUCCCUCCUGACGAAGGAGCGUUUCCUUGUGCCCAGGAACCGCGCUCUACGCUUUGGCAUGUCACGAUAAGCUUACCGAUAUCGUACCGCAAGCGAUAUUAUUAUUACGACACCUAUAUUUCCUCUGUAUAUAUCCGGAAUAAAAACAUUAUUUAUUUGAACGCA